AUGAGCGAGGAUGUAGAGCAACGCCCAGCAAAGAGGCAGCGUUUCUUCACUGACAAUCCAUCCUCACCUUUACCCACCAAACCCCGAGAUACAGACGCGUCCCUGCCUCAUUGCCCGGAACAUGACCCAGACCAUGGCGCCGCACUCGAGAUUCCGUCACUCGCCCGCAUCCCAAAAAGCUCUCCUACCUUGGAAAACGAAACAGAUCAGCAUCAUACACCAAUCCGAACCACGGAAGGCCUAAGGUUACCCAUUGCGGACGCUGCGCUUACUCCCUCUCCACACCAGAACGGAGUAGACCAACGACACAUCGAGGAGGAAGUGACUAUCAAUACCACCACAACAAGCACAAUCGCAGAUGGCUUCGAUAUCGACCUUUUCACCAGUAUCGUGGGAGAGAAACUACCUGUCGAUUCAAUCAAAACCAUUCAAUCAGCUGCUUCCAAUAAUAUCGAGCGAGCUGUUAACAUAUACUUUGAUGGAUCAUGGAAGAAGCCUGUGCGGAUAAAUGGCAGCGCUCCAACUUGGAGCCGGAAACCCGCUCUUCGAGUACAGCCUAGCCCUGAGACGCCAGUUGAAAAUGAAUCGGUACUGCGAAAUCAGCCACCAGCAAGGUAUGUUGGCGCAUUUGGCGUGGGAGGAUGGGCAACGAGAAGUGGCUUGGGAUUUCUCAAGCAUGGAGACCCCGUCAACAUUGAACGCGCACGCUCACAGCCAACGAUGAAACGUGGCCGAGGAGGCAAAGCAUUUGUCAAUCACAAGAGUGAUGUCCUGACUCGAUUCACAAACACCUCGGGGCAAGAAAUCGGAAGGCUGCCACAUGAUACCGCUGAAUGGGUCUCUACACUGAUUGAUCAGAAGAUAUGUCAGUUUGAAGGAGUCUGUGUGUUUAUACCCGACAGGGUGCGAGUCAACGAUACCAUAUAUCUACAACUCCGAGUCUACUUGCGAAAGGAGGCCUUUCAAAGCGGGGCGCUUGCUUCUUUGAACACUGAUGACAACAGGUCCACUGGACUGUUUGAAGAGAAGGAGAGCACCGAGGAGAAGAAUCUGCGACUACGCCAAGUCGGUCUAGUGAAGUUGUUUCACGAAAUCAAUCUUCAUCCCACCUCGACCAACCCAACUACGGAAAAGCACAAAAGAGAUGGCAUUCUGCGUGCCGCUGAAAUUGCAGAGCAAUAUGACAACACGAAGAAGGAGAAUAAAUCCAAAUCAAACAAGGAUUCCAACGACUCAUCAGGCGAAGACGACAGCGAAGAACUAGAAGAGGAUCAGCUUGACACUCUAUAUCAAAAAGCUCAAUCAUUUGACUUCAACAUGCCAGCGGCAGAUACAGCACCCAGCUUCACCCUUGAUCUGCGCAAAUAUCAGCAACAAGCCCUUCAUUGGAUGCUGUCAAAAGAGAAAGACUCACAGCAAGUUCGAGAGAAGUCAAUGCAUCCAUUGUGGGAGGAAUACACGUGGCCUAGAAAGGAUGUUGACGACAAAGAUUUACCACAAGUUAAAAACAUUGACCAUUUUUAUGUCAACCCGUAUUCAGGAGACCUCAGUGUUGACUUUCCUGCUCAAGAGCAACACUGCCGAGGCGGAAUCCUGGCCGAUGAAAUGGGUCUGGGAAAGACCAUUGAGAUGCUCAGUCUGGUUCAUUCGCACAGAGUCGAGCCUGAUCCACAGUUUUCGAAUGGUCUCAACUCAGUGAAUGACCUUGCUAGGAUGCCGAACUCUUCCGGGGUGGUGCCUGCGCCAUAUACUACACUGGUCGUUGCGCCGACAUCUUUAAUCGCUCAAUGGGAAAGCGAGGCACUCAAAGCCGGGACGUUGAGGGUUCUUGUUUAUUAUGGAUCGGACAAGGCUGUCAACUUGAGAGAUUUAUGCUGCGAAUCCAAAUAUUUAACCGCUCCACAGGUGAUUGUCACCAGUUAUGGUGUGGUAUUGUCGGAAUUCCGACAGCUCGCUCUCCAAUCUGCUCUAGGACCCAGUGCAAAUGGAGGUCUAUUCUCCGUGGAAUUCUUCCGAGUAAUUCUUGAUGAGGCCCAUGUGAUCAAGAACCGCCGUUCUAAAUCUGCUAAAUCAUGCUAUGAGCUAAAAGCGGCCCAUCGGUGGGCACUGACUGGCACGCCCAUUGUCAAUCGUCUCGAAGACCUUUUCAGUCUGGUGCGUUUUCUAAAAGUUGAGCCAUGGAGCAAUUUCUCCUUCUGGAAGACGUUUAUCACUGUACCAUUCGAAUCCAAAGAAUACGUGCGGGCCCUGAACGUCGUGCAAAGUGUACUGGAACCUCUCGUUCUUCGGCGGACCAAAUCGAUGAAAACCCCGGAGGGCGAGCCAUUGGUCCCCUUGCCCAAAAAGACAGUCACUAUUGAGGAAGUGGAGCUAUCAAAGCAAGAACGAGAAAUAUACGACUGCAUAUUUACUCGAGCGAAACGAACUUACAACGACAAUGUCGUGGCUGGCACACUGUUGCAGUCUUACAGCACAAUCUUUGCUCAAAUUCUCCGUCUCCGUCAGACCUGCUGCCACCCUAUAAUGACACGCAACAAAGCCAUCGUUGCGGAAGAAGAGAGUGCGGCGGUCGCGGCUGAUGCAACCAAUGAGUUUAAAGACGAUAUGGAUCUUCAGGAAUUGAUCAACCAAUUCACGACAGAAAACGAGAAUGCCAACUCCCAAGAUACAUCCGGGACGAUGGUCAAGUUCACUACCCAUGCUCUUCGGCAGAUCCAAACCGAGUCCAGCGGCGAGUGCCCUAUCUGUUGUGAAGAGCCUAUGAUGGAUCCUGCAGUAACAGCGUGCUGGCAUAGUGCGUGUAAAAAAUGCCUCGAAGACUUCUUGCAACACCAAAUGAACAAGGGCGCCGAGGCACGGUGCUUCAACUGCCGCGCCCCAGUGGAUGCAAAGAAUACCUUCGAAGUAGUACGACAUCCGUCCUCAAAUUCAAUUUCUUUCGGAGACGACCCGGUGAGCAGCACGCCACCAACCACUUCUCAACCUGCCCCACGAAUCUCCCUCCGUCGCAUAUACCCCCUCUCUCCUUCCGCCCACACUUCGGCGAAGAUUCAAGCCCUUAUUAAUCACCUCGGACGCAUCCCUGCAAAUACCAAAUCCGUUGUCUUCUCCCAAUUUACCUCCUUCCUGGACCUUAUCGGCCCGCAACUCUCCCGAGUCGGAAUCUCGCAUCUCCGCCUGGAUGGCUCAAUGCCCCAAAAGGCCCGUGCCGCUGUUCUAGCUGAGUUCUCAAAGGCAGAGAGCUUUACUGACGAUGACAUCAUCGAUAUGGAAGAUGAUACCCCGGGGAGAAGCUGGCCUGCAAAGACUAGCGCUCCCUCAUCCUCAACGCCAGCCCCUACAGUCCUACUCAUCUCCCUACGUGCCGGUGGCGUAGGCCUCAACCUAACAACCGCAAGCAAUGUCUUCGUGAUGGAUCCGUGGUGGAGUUUCGCAAUUGAAGCACAAGCCAUCGACCGCGUCCAUCGAAUGGGCCAGACACGCGAUGUCAAUGUGACGCGAUUCGUGGUCAAGGAUUCCAUAGAAGGUCGUAUGCUGCGCGUGCAAGAGCGUAAAAUGAAUAUUGCUGGCUCGCUUGGGUUGAAGAUUGGCGGUGAUGAUGGUGAUGCUGAUAAGGGGAAGGAUAGACUUGAAGAGUUGAAAAUGUUGUUUGAGUAA